UUAAAAAAAAUCAAACUGUUCAUUUUUGUUAAACAUGUACUUUUAAUUACAGUGAAAACGGUUGUAAUCGAUGGAGAACACAUAUUACAAAACAUAAACUCUUCUUAAGCUAAAGGAAAACUGUGAAUAAAAAUGUUAUUUAAUAAAUACUUUACACUAAAAUCAAAGCACGUUUAAAAAAAGAUGAAAAGAGGGUGGCGGAUCAAGCAUGGGGCACCUUGGAUGUUUGGCUCUCCUGAUCUUCAUCUUUCAGAUAUCUGGUGCUGCAGGUCAUUCUGUGCUGAACUGCCACAAGCAGCAGGACUUUACAUGCACGGAUGGAUCCUGCAUCUCCAAGCUGAAAGUGUGUGAUGGACACAUGGACUGCACGGAUGGUUCGGAUGAACUUCACUGUAGUGAGGAGUGGUGCAACAAAGAUGAAUUUACCUGCCGCAGCAGACGCUGCAUAUCGACGGAGCUUUUAUGCAACGCCGUUGAUGACUGCGGUGAUGGGAGCGACGAGGAUUCCUGUCAGAACUGCACCUCUGGGGUCUUCUCCUGUGGCCCGUCUGACGCCUGCCUGCCCAAAGACAAAGUGUGCGACGGACGGGCCGACUGCACAAGCAAACGGGACGAGAGCCUGGAGCUGUGCGGCUCGGACCAGCCCGUCGCCCAGACCGCACCGACGUGCGCGCCGUCAGAGUUUCGGUGUGGAGACGGAGAGUGCAUCCGCCACGUGUGGAGGUGUGACAACACACCCGACUGCUCUGAUGGCAGCGAUGAGGAAGACUGCAAUCAGAACGAGUGUCUGGUCAAUAAUGGCGGCUGCUCUCAUCGCUGUGUGGACCUCCCCAUGGGUUUCCUCUGCCAAUGCCCCGACCACAUGAAGCUGGUAGACGACAGCCGCUGUGAGGAGGUUGACGUGUGCCUGGAGAGAGACGUGUGUGAUCAGCUGUGCGUUUACAGCAGCCGCAGCAUCACCUGUGACUGUCACGAGGGUUACCGUCCGGGUUCAACCACAGGAGAGUGCACAGCUGAAGGAGAUGAAGCCCAGCUGGUCUUCACCACUUCUAAAGGAGUACAGUUGAUGAGCCUGUUUGGUGCAGAUCAUGAGACGCUGGCCCCGCAUUUACCAGGGCGGGGUCCAGUGGCAGCCGUGACAUCCAACCGCACACUGUACUGGGCCAAGCAAGGACAAAACUUUAUUUACAGGAUCUCCGUGGAUAAAGAACCUCAAGAAGCCACGCUGGUGCAAAAGGUUCAAGGUUCAGUGUCGGGCCUAGCUGUGGACUGGAUCCACCGACUUCUCUACUGGACCAGUCCAGACCAGGGUUCUGUUAACGUGGCCCUCAUGGACGGUUCCUCAGAACACCCACUUAUCACAGGACUGGAUGAGCCCUCUGCUGUGGCUGUGGAUCCUCUUCAAGGGUUUGUUUUCUGGACUCAGUGCGGCAGCGUCCCGAAGAUCGAGAGGGCCGGCUUGGACGGCCGCAGGAGGACGGCUCUGGUCACAUCCUCCUUAAACCAGCCUGGUGCCAUCACUCUGGACAUACCACGGCAGCUCCUUUACUGGUUUGACCAAAGAACCAGGAGCAUCUCCAGGGUUACCUAUGAAGGGCGCCACCGUAAAACAGUGGUAGAAUCUAACGGUUACCUGGACCGCGUGUUUGGACUCGCUGUUUUUGAGGGGUUUUUAUAUUGGAGUGAUGAAGUGACGCGCUCAAUUUGCCGCGCAAACAAGCACGAUGGCAAAAACCUCCAGGUGCUGCUGUCUGACAUCCCCUCAGCUGGAGGAGUGGCCAUCAUUCAGCCUGCGCUCCAACCCAACGGCCCAGCUAUGUGCGGACGUCCCGGGACGGCGUGCCCUCACACCUGCCUCGUCGACCUGCAGCCUGAAAGAUUACGCUUCAGCUGUGUUUCCCCAGAGACGAGGAGCAAUAAACCCCAGACUCCUGAGAUCUCCAACAUCGUUCCUGCAGCAACUUUUUCUGUUCUCACCUUCGCUGGAAUCCUGUCACUGAUCAUCUUUCUCAGCGUGUUGCUGCUGGGAGGGGUUCUGUGGUGGUGGAGGAGGCUGAGGCUGCAGCCGUCCAGGACUUCCUCUGCGCUGAGCUUCUCCCUGAAGGAUUCCCAGGACCCGCUCAUCAGUCAGGAGUCGCACUCGCGUACGAGGACCUUCUUGAUCGAGGACUUGCUGCUUAAGGUAGAUCUGGACAGUGAUUGAAGAAGUGCGAGGCGUGGUCAGCUGACUGAGCCGCUCCCGCUAACAGCUGGACGCUGAGGUGACAUCAGAGCUGACACACCCAGCUGGUCAGCUGCCACGGCCAUCCGCAGGUUUGCAUCAUUAAUGAAAUGACAUCAGGGGUUGUGGGAGUGGAGGGGGCCAAGUGUCACUGCUGACUGUUUUCUGGCUUUCAUUUCUCCGUGUGCCUUCAAUGUUGUUUAUCAUGAGAACAUGUGUUCUUCUUCAAUUCUAGGGGUCACAAUGUUGUAUUUUUUCGGUUCAUACAUUUCUCUGUUUAUUGAAUAAACUCAAGUGAUAUGUUUAAUGCUGAUAAUUGAAUUGACAGCUAGACUACUGCUUCACUAACAGAAACUGGAAGUGCCAAACAUUUAGUACUUCAUAGUUUUAGUUUUUUUAUUAUCAAAAAAAAACAGAGGUUGUGUUUUAUUUCCUAAUUUACUGAUAAUUUAUUUUUUGUUUUUUUGAUAUGUUUUACAGGCUUUUCUUUAGAGAGGAAUCACACUCUAGGCAAAACUGACUGAGCAUCGUUCUGAAUGAAGCUCACUCAGUAAUUAUGAUGUUUAACUGCUGUAAACGCUGGUUUCAAAC